AUGGAAGUAUCGGCAGAUGGAAGUAUCGGCAGAUGGAAGUAUCGGCAGAUGGAAGUAUUGGCAGAUGGAAGUAUCGGCAGAUGGAAGUAUUGGCAUAUGGAGGAUAUACAGGCAUGUGAUUCACUUGAUGAAAUGGCGCCAAACGUCACUGAAGUGACGUCACUUGGUUCUGAAGCCCGCCUGAAGAAGCUAGUGCCGCCACAGGCGUCGCCAAGGAAACCAGACAUUGUGUAUGCGAGUGUGGCGACACUGCUAGCUGUUCACAUCGCGGCUUUGUAUGGUCUAUAUCUAGCUGUUACUAGAGCGAGCUGGACUACCCUUGUAUUUAAUUAUGUGUUACUGGAGUUGUCGCUGAUUGGAAUGACAGCUGGUGCCCAUCGUCUGUGGUCACACAAAGCUUUUAAAGCGAAAAUGCCCCUACAGAUUAUAUUAAUGCUUAUGCAGUCUAUGACUGGUCAGUUCACGGUUACUAAUUGGGUCAGAGACCACAGAAUGCAUCACAGAUAUACAGACACCGAUGGAGAUCCACACAACGCGGCGCGAGGGUUCUUCUUCUCCCACAUCGGCUGGCUUCUAGUCAAGAAACACGAAGAAGUGAAGAACCGCGGCAAAUUUAUUGACAUGAGCGACAUCUAUGCGAAUCCGGUUUUAAGCUUUCAGAAGAAAUACGGUUUUUUCAUAAUUGGUUUCAUGGCCUUCGUCCUGCCAACAGUGGUACCCAUCUACUUCUGGGGCGAAAGCCUCAACGUGGCAUGGCAUAUAUGCAUGCUGAAAUACGCUUUAAUCCUCAACAAAACGUUCACAGUCAACAGCAUCGCCCAUAUGUGGGGAUACAAAACAUACGACAAGAACAUUCUAUCUACAAACAAUAAAUUCACUGAAAUUGUCUCCUUGGGAGAAGGUUUCCAUAACUACCACCACGUGUACCCUUGGGAUUACAGAUCUGCAGAAUUCGGGGACAGCAAGUUUAAUUUGGCCAAGACGUUUAUUGAGUUCUUCGCAAAGAUCGGAUGGGCGUACGACUUGAAAACGGUGCCGAAAGAGGUUAUAGACCGUAGAGUUGAGAGGACCGGUGAUGGUAGCGAUUUGUGGGGUCACAAGAAAGCCGAUUGA